CUCAACUCGGCACCGACAGGGACGCGAAUGUCCAAGUCGAGGACCCGCAUUCCAACUCUAAUAUUUGAGAUUCUACUUCAGUAUCACAGCGUCAGCAAGCGCCCCCCCCCGCGUGCCCCCAUCGCUCGACAGGUCACUCGAAUAUGGCGAAGCGGGUAGCCGUUAUCGGUGCCGGCGUGCACGGCAUCGCCGCUGCAAAGACCUUUAUGGAGCAUUCCCACGAUGUGGCGGUCUUUGAAGGAGCCGAGGACUUGGGCGGUGUAUGGCGCCCGGGCAAUAACUAUCCAGGCCUGCAGCUGCAGUCCACGGCCGACAUCUAUUCCUACUGUGACAGCGGCGGCACGCCACGCCACUUCGCCCGCGGCACCGAGCACCCGCCGGCCGCCGCAGUGUACACUUACCUGCGCGACUACGCCGCAGAGCAUGGCGUCACGCCCCUUAUCAGGUUCCGGACGAAGCUGGUGCAGGCGCGUCCCACCUAUGACCGCAACAGCAGCUCGGGUACCGGCGGGGUGAGCGGUGGUGAGGAGGCUGAGGAGCCGGCGGGUGCUACCCCCACGGGCUGGCAUCUGACCCUGCGCCGAUACACCGGUCCUCCCGGAGAGCCGAAAGACGCGGGCCCCUGGGAGGAAUUCGACCACAACUGCGAUGUGUUGCUGAUAUGCAUCGGCUGCUUCAACGUGCCCAAGACGCCGCCGUUUCCAGGCCAGUCCGAUUUUGUGGCGGGCGGCGGCGUGGUGGUGCACUCAUCGCAGCUGCAAUCCCUCUGCGGCGGCCGGCAGGCGGCACUGGAGGACGUGGCCGUGAUGGACGCAGCGCUGGCCGCAGACCAGAAGGCCGCAGAGGAGCGGAGCGGGGGCAAGGGCAAGCGCGGUGCCGGCGGUGGUGCCGGCAAGCCCGAGACGCACGUCACCGCUGCUGCUACUUCUGCCACUACUGCUGCUGUUGUGCAAAACGGCGGCACGUCUUCCGCGGGAGGGCCGGGGCCUCAGCAUGCGCGACCCGGCUCGGCGGAGGCGGCGGUGCUGGCCGCGGCCUCGGCCCGGCUGGCGCAGCUGGUGUCUGGCAAGCGGGUGGUGGUGGUGGGCAAUGGCAAGAGUGGCGAGGACGUGGCGGUGCUGAUGGCGGACACACGCGCCGCCAAGAGCGUCACGUGCCUGUACAAGGAGCCGCAGUGGUCUGUGCCGUACUACCUGCUGGGGCUGGUCAACUUCAAGUACCCGCUCACCACGCGGCUGGGCGACUCCAUUACGCAGAAGCUGCACGCGCCGCCGGGGCUGCUGGGCUGGCUGCACCGCGCCGUGGGCUGGUCGCAGUGGCGCCUCAUCGAGCGCCUGGUCAGCUACCAGCACGGCCGCGCCAAGCUGGGUGUGGUGCCGACGCACGCAGUGGAGCGCGGCCUGGACUGCACGCUGCACGCCGAGCCGUUCGGCUUCUUCACCGCUGCACAUGAGGGGCGGCUGCAGCUGCGUCAGGGCCAGCCGGUGGCGCUGGGGGCGGGCGGGCGGCUGCAGCUGGAUGAUGGGGCCGAGAUGCAGGCCGACCUGGUGGUGCUGGCCACGGGCUGGGGCCGCUCGCUGCCGUUCCUGCCGCCCGACCUGGCCUCCAAGAUCAUGCAGCCCGACGGGACCCUGCAGCUGCACCACGGCAUCUACCCAUACGAGAUCGGGGGCAGCAGUCUGUUCAUACUGGGCUGGAAUGUGGGUCUGUUCCAGGCCCUGUUUGCCGACGUGGCGGCGCGCUGGGCGCUUGAGAUGGUGGAGGGCCGCCUGCGAGUGACCAAGGAGCAGAUGCUGGCCUACCGGACCAAGCUCUUCGCGUGGGCCGACCGCUGCUUCAUCCCGCGGGCUGCUGCGGACAUCCGGCGCGGCUGUGUGGCGGCCUACAGCUAUGAGCACGUGGACGACAUGCUGAAGGAGAUGGGUGCGGACUUCAAGUCGCUGACCAUGGCCGAGUACCUGCAGCUGUACAUGACGCCGGUCAACGCAGCCCUGUACGGCAAGGCCAUGCGCGCAAUCAACACCGGCAGCAGCCGCAGCCGCUGAAAGCGUGAAAGGAGCAAGGGCGGCUGAAGGAGAGCAGGGGUCUUGUGAUGGAGCUGCAGCAGCACAGGACACAUUGGAACAUGUGGAUGGCCCAAGGCGACUGGGCUCGCUGUUGUGCAACUGCUAUGGAGGUCAGGGCCUGCUGACAGAGGUGCUGUGAGUAGUACUGAACGAAUGGAUAGUUCACUGCCAGUGAUGACGACGCUUGGUGAGGUGAUGGUACAAGCUAUAGCACGCCCGCUGAUGACACAUCGGGGGCGAUUGAGAUGCCGUAUUGCGAUGUCCGUACGUGCAGAUACGUGAGGCUUACUGUGUAUGGCCUGCAUGAGCAGUUUCCUCCCUAGGGGGCUGGUCGUGUCUCCGGGCGCGUGUGCUUGAGUGGCGUGCUUAUUGUUCACACGUGCAAGCUGAGUACCGGUCAGCACGGCCAGGCAUGCAAUGGUAUUAAGCAGAUUCAAGCGGCUUUCGGAAAGGUGACCAGGUCCUGAGCAUGGCGCCGCAGCGGGGGCUUUCUGGGUGCGUGACUGUGCGUGUGCCAACUUGUGUGCCAAGGGCUGUGAGGCGGCCCUUCGGAACCCUCGCGAGUGCCGCGAUGUUUAGGUUAUCCACCUCUCGAGCCUGCAUGUAAUAGCAAUCGCUA